CCGGCAGGCCGAAACCCAUCGCACGGCGCGAGUGGCGAGAAAAAAAACUUGCCUUUUCCGCUGCGCGCUUUCCCACCACCAUCAAUCCACCACGGCACGGGCCACCACCACCGCACCUACGCCCGCCUCCGCCUCCGCCUCGGCGUCGAUACGCCCCCGCCCGAUAGCGACCGCCACUAGCGCAGAAGCUGCGCGGGCGAGGCCGCGAAAGAGAAUAAACAACAGCGCCACCACGACACGAGCCGCGGAGCGCGCGCGAGAGGAGUGGGCACGGGAACCCAGGGGGAGAGGGAGGCGAGGAAAGAGGCGGGUGCCGGCGGGCGUGCGUGCGUGCGCCGGUGCCGAGGCCUCCUCCCGUCCCUGCCUGCCGCGGCGCGCUGAGUUGAGGCUCCCCUGCCGAAUCGAUGGCGCGGGUGGUCGGAUUGGGCGCGCGCGCUCUCGCGCUCGGACUGGCUCUCCUCGUCGUGGUGUCAGUGGCGUUGCUCCCACUUGUCAGCUCUGAUGACGAGUACAGACACUGCGAGGGAGUUGUCAGGGGCUGGGCGGAUUCGUCUGCGGGAAGCCAAAAGGAUGGGGACAAACUGAGCCUCAAGGAUUUGCUCUUCUUCCUUCACAUUCCUAGAACCGGAGGCCGCACCUACUUUCAUUGCUUCUUGAAGAAGCUGUAUACAAAUGCGCAGGAAUGCCCGCGUUCUUAUGAUAAGCUACGGUUUGACCCAAGCCAUCCUGAUUGCAAGUUGGUUGUUAGUCAUGAUGACUAUAGCUUAAUUUCCAAGCUGCCAAGGGAGAGAACUUCCGUAGUAACAAUACUAAGAAAUCCAGUUGAUCGUGUUUUUAGCACAUAUGAGUUCUCGGUUGAAGUUGCAGCUAGAUUCCUUGUGCACCCAAACUUAACUUCUGCAAAGUUUAUGACAAACCGUGUGUUAACAAAAUCUCGUGCUGUAAGUACAUUAGACAUAUGGCCUUGGAAGUACUUGGUUCCAUGGAUGAGAGAAGAUCUGUUUGCCAGGAGAGAUGCCCUAGGGAUUGACAAAGUGAACAGUAGCAAGAAGGUUAAUGCAUAUGAUGUGGAGGAUAUGGUUAUGCCAUUACACCAGUACAUCAAUGAUCCAGUUGCGCAUGAAAUCAUUCAUAAUGGUGCUACCUUUCAGAUUACUGGGCUAACGAACAAUUCAUACUUCGAUGGAGCACACGAGGUUCGGCAUUGUGUCAGAAAGCAUCCAGAUUUUGGUCGUCUUGUGCUUGAAGUUGCUAAGAAUAGGCUGGAUCGAAUGCUGUAUGUAGGACUUACGGAGGAUCAUGAAGAAUCAGCGAGGUUGUUUGUUCAUAUGGUAGGAGCACAGGUGCUUUCACAGUCUGCGGCAUUAAACUUGGAUAUCAAGGAAGAUCUACCCAGUGGGAACAACUCUCACCCAUCCAGGCUGGAUAUAGAGGAUGGAGAUACAAAUGAACAUCUGAAUAGCACCCAUGGUUGGCAAAAUAAUGAAGCUCUGAACACUACUGGGGAUGAACAUGGAAAAGGAAAUAUGACUGUUGGUAAAUUGAUGGAAGCUUAUGAGACUUGCAUUGCUAAACUGCGAAAGUCUCAGUCUAACCGUCGUAAAAUAUCCCUAAAGAAAGUUGAGGGAGCAAACUUUUCAAAGGAGGCACGGAAACUGGUACCUAAAGCGAUUUUGAAGCAAAUUAUCUUGUUGAACAGCCUUGACAUGGAGCUAUAUGAGCAUGCUAAGAAAAUUUUCACCCAGGAACAUCUUAUGCUAAAAGCUCAACAUUCCAUUGUGGGGCAGCACAUACAAUUGGCAGAACAAAAGGGCUGGAUAGGCAUCGUCUGCGACGAUGGUAUUUGCUCUCCUUGGAUGGUGGUCCGGCUUGGUCUAGGGAUCACCACGAUCAUAGUUUUGGUGUCAUUUGCUGUAAUGACGAGAAGAAGAACGUCUAAACUUAAGGUUUAACAAUGAUUAAUGAGGCUGUCUCUAGAUUUUGAUGUAUAGUCUGAUGAUGCCUAAGACAUUACCCUUUACCAUUCUUCCGGGCAAAGAUGUUAACAUGCACAAAAUAAUCAUGUUCACUUGCAGCAGUGUUAACAGAUUUA